AUGUCCGAGAGCGUGAACGGGGCUCCCGCGGAGAGCGCGCGCUACGCCAAGGCGCCGCACCUGUGGGCGCUGGGCGUGGGCGCCGUCGUGAGCGGCGACUUCUUCGGCUGGCAGUCGGGCCUCGUGGCGGGCUUCGACGGGCUGCUCAUCAUCCUGGCGCUCGUCACGGUGCUCUACGUGCUGCUGUCCUUCUCCAUCGCCGAGCUGUCCACGACGGUGCCCGCCGGUGGGGGGCCCUACGUCUUCGCGCUGCACGCCAUCGGCCCGCGCGCCGCCUUCUUCGCCGGCCUGGCCGAGAGCCUCAAGGUCGUCAUCACGUGCGCCGUCGUGGUCACGGGCAUCAGCUCGUACAUGAACCAGCUGCUGAGUCUGAGCUCCGAGUACGGUCCGAUCUGGUGGGCCGUCUUCUACGUCCUCUUCGUGUCGCUCAACAUCGUGGGCAUCGAGAUGACCUUCCGCGUGCAGGCGGUCACGACGGUCGUGUCGGUGGUGAUUCUACUUGUGUUCUACAUCGGCGCGGCGACCAAAGUGUCGUACAGCGAGUGGGUGUCAGCGUUCGACUGGCAGUACCCGAGCGGCUGGGAUGGCGCGGUCAAGGGCUACUCGUUCGCGUUGUGGUUCUAUCUGGGCAUCGAGGAGCUGCCGCUCGCUGUCGAGGUGACCGUCAACCCGGAGCGCAACAUGCCAAUUGGCCUCAUGACGUCGAUCUCCACCCUCGUCGUGCUGGCGUUUUGCACUGUCAUCUUCAACUCGAUGAUCUCCCCUGGUGCUGAAGAAAUGUACAACAGCUCGUCGCCGCUGCUGACGGGGUAUCAGAGCGUGUUUGGGGAUAACAGCACCACGUCGGGCUUUUCGUGGAUGCUGAUCCUUGGACUUAUUGCGAGCUUCCACUCGUUCGUGUUCUGCAUGGGUCAGUUGCUGUACGCUAUUGCCCGUGACGGAUACUUGCCGCAUAUCCUGACCACGCUCCAUCCGACGCGUGGUACGAUGUAUGUGUCGUUGAUUACCGGCAGCUCCAUCGGAUUCCUUGUGGUGCUUGUGUUGCACUACAUUAUCGGCGACACUCGCCUGGGAUCGGUGAUGAUCAACCUCGCGCUCAUCGGCGCCGUGACGUCGUACUCGUUCCAGCUGACCUCGUUCAUUCGUCUGCGGAUCAAGGAGCCGAACCGACCUCGGCCCUACCGCAGCCCUUUCGGCAUCCCCGGCGCUGUGAUUUCCAUGGCGUUGUGCGUUGCAGGUAUGGUGUCGAUCAUCUACAGCGGCACGUCGAGCUACGAAUUCCUCGCGUCCAUCAUCGUGGCGAUCCUGUACUUCGCUAUCGGCGCCACGUACUUCUUCCUCCGUGUGCAGCCGCGCAUUGAAGCGGCCCCAACGCCGAAAUUGCGUGAAAACCUUCUCAGUAGCGUCUCGUCGAAGGUCUAA